UUACUGGUCUUGUGCUCCUACCGAACUUCUCGCUUUCCUCGCUGACCCGUUUUCUCAUCAACUGCCUCUCUCUCUCAACUUCUAGAAUUUCAAUCUCUGCUCUCUCUCAUGAACGCCGAUUUUCCCUCCUCCGCCGUAAUUGCCGUCGUCCGCCGCAUCUUCAUCGUUUCCGACGGCAUCGAUCUCUCCGUUUCCUCCUCAUCCUACUAGGCACCUCGCCACAUGCAUCCCUUCUGUUGCGUUUCCACUGUCUCCGAUCACUCCCCUUCCAAGCCCUUACCGGAGCCUCCGUCUCCGAUGUACGCUGCCACCUCCGGAGACCCCUGCGCUUCCGCGAGAUCCGAAUCGGUUAUGAACCGAUCCGCGUCCCAGAGAUGCAACCAUUCCUCCACUCAAUCUAAUCACCAUCUCCUCCUCCAUAGCCUUUCCUUCAAUCACCAGAGCGACGUCGCCGACCGCUUAGGGCAGCGCAUCCUCGCCUUGCCGCCGUCGGCGAGGGAGCCGCCGGUGGAUGCGAAGAUCAACGAUAUUGUCGGAAAUGGGAUUGCCGGGAUACUGUACAAGUGGGUAAACUAUGGGAAAGGAUGGAGGCCGAGAUGGUUCGUUUUGCAGGAUGGAGUGUUGUCGUAUUACAAAAUCCAUGGGCCCGAUAAGAUCGUCGUUAGUCCUGAGACCGAGAAGGGAUCGAAGGUGAUCGGCGACGAGUCCAUGCGUAUGAUCUCCAGGCACAACAAGCACCACGGCAUCAGCGGCGGCAAUCAUCAGUUCCGUCGCAAGCCUUUCGGCGAAGUCCACCUAAAGGUUUCGUCAAUUCGUGAGAGCCGAUCAGAUGACAAGAGAUUUUCGAUAUUCACAGGGACAAAGAGGCUCCAUCUUCGUGCUGAGACUCGAGAGGACCGAGCAGCUUGGAUGGAAGCACUUCAGGCUGUCAAAGACAUGUUUCCGAGAAUAUCAAACAGCGAGUUGAUGGCUCCAACCAACAAUUUAGCUGUCUCAACGGAGAAGCUAAGGCAGCGGUUGAUGGAGGAGGGAGUGAUCGAGUCGGCCAUUCAGGACUGUGAACAAAUCAUGAGGUCUGAGUUCUCAUCACUUCAGAGCCAGUUGGUGCUUCUCAAGCAGAAGCAGUGGCUACUCUUCGAUACCCUCAGGCAUCUAGAGACAGAAAAGGUUGAUCUGGAGAAUACAGUUGUAGAUGAGAGUAGACAUCCCGACAAUGGAGCUUCCAGUGAUUUAAGGCAUGAGAAGUUUAGUGAAGGGACUGCAAGUGAAUCCGAUGAUGAUAAUGAGCGAGUUGAUGCUGCAGAGGAAGAAACUGAUGAGGAAGAAAAUACAUUUUUUGAUACGCGUGACUUUCUGUCUUCAAGUUCUUUCAAAAGUAGCGGAUCUGGUUUUCGGACAUCAUCAUUUUCUUCAGAUGAUGAUGGGCUCAAUGGGUUUGAGUCGGACGAUGAUAUCGAUCCUUCUUUCAAAUCUGUUGGUUUCAGCUAUCCUCAUGUCAAACGGCGGAAGAAACUACCUGAUCCAGUUGAAAAGGAGAAAAGCGUUAGCCUUUGGUCAAUGAUCAAAGACAACAUAGGGAAGGACCUUACAAAAGUAUGUCUUCCUGUCUACUUCAAUGAACCUCUCUCUUCCCUGCAAAAAUGUUUUGAGGAUUUGGAGUACUCUUACCUUCUUGACCGGGCAUCUGAAUGGGGGAAAAGGGGUAAUAGCCUCAUGAGGAUUCUUAACGUAGCUGCUUUUGCUGUAUCGGGUUAUGCAUCAACCGAAGGAAGAGUCUGCAAACCUUUUAAUCCAUUGUUGGGGGAAACCUACGAAGCUGACUAUCCUGAUAAGGGCCUUCGAUUUUUCUCAGAAAAGGUCAGUCAUCAUCCUAUGAUUGUAGCAUGCCACUGUGAUGGCACUGGGUGGAAAUUCUGGGGUGACAGCAAUUUGAAGAGCAAAUUCUGGGGUCGAUCAAUACAGCUUGAUCCUGUUGGUGUAUUGACUUUGGAAUUUGAUGAUGGAGAAGUCUUCCGUUGGAGUAAGGUAACAACAUCAAUAUACAAUCUAAUACUUGGUAAAUUGUACUGUGACCACUAUGGUACAAUGCGCAUUGAGGGUGAUGGUGAAUACUCAUGUAAACUUAAAUUCAAGGAGCAGUCCAUCAUCGACAGAAAUCCUCACCAGGUUCAAGGUAUUGUACAGGACAGGACCGGGAAAACAGUGGCCACACUCUUUGGGAAAUGGGACGAGAGCAUGCAUUACGUGAACGGUGACUGUACUGGGAAGGGAAAAGUGAACGAAUCUCUUUCUGGGGCUCAUCUCCUCUGGAAGAGGAGCAAACCUCCGGAGUUUCCCACAAAGUAUAAUUUGACCCGUUUUGCCAUUACACUGAACGAACUCAUACCCAGCUUAAAGGAGAAGUUACCGCCCACGGAUUCAAGGCUCAGACCUGACCAAAGCUACCUGGAGAACGGAGAGUUCGAAAUGGCUAACGCAGAGAAACUCCGUCUGGAACAGCGACAACGCCAGGCGAGGAAGAUGCAGGAGAGGGGGUGGAAGCCGAGGUGGUUCACGAAGGAGAAAGGGGGCGAGACGUAUAGAUACAUGGGCGGAUACUGGGAAGCUCGAGGUAUUGGACGCUGGGAUGGUUGUCCCGACAUCUUCGGCCAUAUCCCUUCCGACCACCACCUGUUAGAGUAGUUGCCCAAAUCUCUCUCCUCCCCCUCAACCGAGGAAAAAUAAAAUGCUCCAAUCUUCUUCUUUUUAUAGCUAAUCUUUCAUCGGAGCUUUCCCACUAUUUUUUGUCGUUUCCUUCCACUGAGUACCCACUCGCACUCGAUUUAUGUAAAAAAAAAAAUUGAUAAAAUACUUUCCCAAAAAGCCUUUAACGAGGUUCUCCCCAUGUACCGAAAGAAUGCACAAUCCUUUGCAAGUGAAGGGAUGAAAUCUGAGACCCUUUUACCUGUUUGGCUGUA